UCUGCUGAGUGCAAGGUUACCAAGUUCCAUGGAUGAUGACCUCUCUCAUGAGCACAAAGUGCCAUCUUGUGUCAUAAAAGCAAUACAGUUUGAUGUUUUAACCAAGGAAGAUAUAGAGAAGAAUGCUGCAUUGGAGAUAAAUGCGGUUGGGCAGGUCACUUGUUCAAGUUUGGGACUUCCAAAUACAUCUGAUGAGUGCACCACAUGUGGUUCUAAAGACAGAAAAUUUUGUGAAGGUCAUUUUGGGGUCAUCAAAUUUCCUUUUGCUAUACUCCAUCCAUAUUUUAUGUCAGAGAUUGCACAAAUCUUGAACAGGAUUUGCCCUGGUUGUAAAUCUAUUCGGCAGAAAUCCAAGAGUGCUCAAUUAAUCUCUGGAAUCAAGCAGCACAAUGGUUGCAAAUAUUGUUGUGGAUAUGGUCGAUAUCCAGCAAUGAAAUUCAGAGUUUCCUCUAAUGAUCUCUUCAGAAGAACUGCAAUUAUUGUUGAUAUAAAUGACAAGGCCUCAAAGAAGAAACCUUUGGCACGAAGAUUGCCUGCUGAUUAUUGGGAUUUUAUUCCUAAUGAUGGUCAACAAGAAGAAACUUGUGUAAAUAGAAGGGUUUUAUCACCUGUUCAGGUUCAUUAUUUGUUGAGUGGUGUUGAUACAAACUUCAUCAAACAAUAUGUUCCAAGAAUGGAUUUUCUCAGUCUUAAUUGCUUCCCGGUGACACCAAAUUGUCAUCGUGUGACAGAAAUUGUUCAUGCAUUGUCUAAUGGGAACCGAUUGAGUUUUGAUGACAGGACUAGAGCUUGUAAGAAAUUGGUUGAUUUCAGGGGUACAGCUAAUGAGUUAAGUUCUCGUGUUUUGGAUUGCCUGAGGAUCUCUAAGGCAUUUAGUAUUUUUGCCGAUAUUCAGCAAAGAAAGGUUGCAGAAAAUGCUUGCAAUUCUUCUGGUUUAAGAUGGAUAAAAGAUGUGGUUCUAGGAAAGCGCAAUGAUAGUUCAUUCCGUACAGUGGUUGUUGGUGAUCCAGACCUUGAACUUAGUGAAAUUGGUAUACCUUGUCAAGUUGCAGAAAGUUUGCAGGUUUCUGAGUAUGUGAAUAGGCAUAAUAAGGAAAGGUUGUUGUAUUGUUGUGAGCUACGCUUGUUAGAGAAGGGACAAAUAGAUGUCUGCAGAAAGGGUAGCCCAGUUGUUCUGUAUAGAAAGGAAGAUGUACAGAUAGGAGACAUAUUUUAUAGGCCUCUAAGUGAUGGGGAUAAAGUGCUGAUAAAUAGGCCCCCUUCCAUACAUCAACAUUCUAUGAUUGCUCUCACAGUUAGGGUCCUUCCAAUAUCUUCUGUAGUGUCUAUUAAUCCACUCUGUUGUUCCCCAUUACGUGGUGAUUUUGAUGGUGAUUGCCUUCACGGGUAUAUUCCACAAUCAGUCUGUGCAAGAGUUGAGCUUAAUGAGCUGGUUGCUUUAGAUGAGCAAUUGAUUAAUGGGCAAACUGGUAUAAAUCUACUUUCACUCUCUCAAGACAGCUUAACUGCUGCAUAUUUAUUGAUGGAAGAUGGGGCCCUUUUGAAUGUGUAUGAAAUGCAACAACUUCAAAUGUUGUGCAAUAAAAAAUUAACACCACCUGCAAUUGUAAAAACCCCUUUAAGUAAUAGCUCAUUUUGGAGCGGCAAGCAAUUGUUCAGUAUGCUCUUGCCUUCUGAUUUUGACUAUUCUUUUCCUUCAGAUGGUGUUUUUGUUAGUGGAGGAGAGCUUGUAUCUUCUUCUGAGGCUUCGGGUUGGUUACGUGAUUUUGACAGCAAUGUGUUCCAGAGUCUUGUGGAACUUUUUCAAGGAAAGACUCUGGACAUUUUGUAUGCUGCACAGAAAGCUCUUUGUGAGUGGUUGUCUAUGACAGGUUUUAGUGUUUCACUCUCAGACUUGUACCUUUCUUCUGAUUCCUAUGCACGAAAAAACAUGAUGAACGAAAUCUCAUAUGGCUUACAAGAAGCAGAACAGGCAUGCAAUUUCAAACAGUUAUUGGUGGAUUAUUAUUAUGAUUUUCUGUCAGGGAGUCUUGAGGAGAGUGAAAAUGUUAUCCCUGUUGAUGUGGACCGUCUGAAUUAUGAAAGGCAAAUAUCUGCUGCUCUCAGUCAAGUGUCAGUUGAUGCUUUUAGGCAAGUUUUUCGCAGUAUUCAAAGUUUAGCUGACAAAUAUGCAUGCAAAGACAAUACUUUCCUUGCUAUGAUUAAGGCUGGAAGCAAGGGUAAUUUGCUGAAAUUAGUGCAACAUUCCAUGUGCCUUGGCCUGCAAAAUUCUCUGGUUCGCUUGUCAUACCGAAUUCCCCGUCAACUUUCAUGUGCUGCUUGGAAUAGUCAAAAGGAGCUUGAUUCAAUCCAGAUGUUUUCUGGUACCCUUGAAUCUGUUCAGUCUUACAUUCCAUAUGCGAUGAUUGAAAGCUCGUUUCUGACUGGGUUGAAUCCUCUUGAAUGUUUUGUUCAUUCAGUGACAAAUCGUGAUAGCUCUUUCAGUGACCAUGCAGACCUUCCUGGAACAUUGACACGGAGACUUAUGUUCUUCAUGCGUGAUUUGUAUGAUGCAUAUGAUGGAACAGUGAGAAAUUUGUACGGUGAUCAAAUUAUUCAGUUUUCUUAUGAUAUUGAGGACUCUUCUAGUGAUAGCAGUUUCCAAGAGUAUACUAUGGGUGGUGAAUCAGUUGGAGCACUUUCUGCUUGUGCAAUUUCGGAAGCUGCAUACAGCGCUUUGAGUCAACCAGUUAGUCUACUUGAAACAUCACCUUUGCUGAAUUUAAAAAAGGUUCUGGAGUGUGGUUCAAAGAGAAGAGGUGGUGAACAGACUGUGUCUUUAUUUUUGUCUGAGAAACUUGGUAAACAGAGACAUGGGUUUGAGUAUGCAGCCCUAGAAGUAAAGAAUUAUUUGGAAGGAUUGAUGUUCUCAAAUAUUGUUUCUACUGUGAUGAUAAUAUACGUCCCACAGUCUUGUAGCCAGGAAAAGUACAGCCCUUGGGUUUGCCAUUUUCAUUUAGACAAGGAAAUUGUAAUGAGAAGAAAAUUGAAAGUGCAUUCUAUCACUGACUCUCUUUACCAACGAUAUGACUCCCACAGAAAAGGAUCAAAAGUCAGUUUUCCCAAUUUGAAAAUAUCAAGCAAGAAGUUUUCUGCUGAUUCCAUGGGCAAGGAGGAUGAAGAUACUUCUGUAGAUAGAGAAAAGGGGGGUGAUGAUUGCAUCACAGUCUCAAUCGUUGAAAACUCUAAGAAUCCUAUACAACUGGACUCUGUUCGGGACUUGAUGGUACCUUUCCUUCUAGGAACAUCUAUAAAAGGAUUUCUGGAGAUCAAGAAGGUUGAUAUUCAAUGGAAUAAUCUGUCAAAAGGAACACAUUCUUAUAAUGGUUCUUCUGGUGAACUGUACUUGAGGGUAACUAUGUCUAGUGAUGGUAGCAGGGGAAGAUUCUGGGGUGUACUCAUAAGUCAUUGUCUCAAGAUAAUGCACCUAAUUGACUGGACACGAAGUCGGCCAGAUAACAUAAAUCAUUUCUCAUCAGCAUAUGGAAUUGAUGCAGGGUGGCAAUGUUUUCUCAAUAAUUUGGCAUCUGCAACAUCCGACACUGGCAAGUCAAUCCUUCCUAAGCAUCUGCGUCUUGUGGCCAAUACUCUGUCAGCUAGCGGAGAGUUUGUGGGAUUAAAUGCAAAAGGCAUGGCACGGCAGAGAAAACAUGCAUCUGUUUCAUCACCCUUUGUGCAAGCAUGCUUUUCUAAUCCAGGUAGUUCCUUCAUAAAAGCUGCCAAGACUGGAGUCAUGGAUAACCUCCAGGGCUGCCUAGAUGCUCUGGCUUGGGGAAACUGCAUGUCCAUGGGGACAAGUGGACAGUUUGAUAUCAUAUACUCAGAGAAGGGACAUGAGGUAACUAAGUCUGCAGAUGUAUAUAACCUGCUAGCAGCCAGUAUUGACAAGCUUAACGAUAAGAUCAUCACUCCUCAUUCUCACAAUUAUUCAUCUGACAAAUUUGGUUCUGAGUUUAGGCCUAAAAAUGGUGGUUAUUCCUUGAAAGAGAGUAAACAGUGGAAAAACAUUUUAAGAAAUUUUGUGACAGUAAAUGAUAUUCAGAAACUGACUUCUGCAUCGAGGUGCAUAUUGAACAAGUAUUCAAUUGAUGAGCUACUAAGUGAGAGGGAUAAGCUAACAAUGCUAAAGGUUUUGCGUUUUCAUCCCUGUAAAAAUGAGAAAUUUGGUACUGGAGCACGGGACAUAAAGGUUGGAUGGCAUCCUAAACAUAAGGAUAGCCGCUGCUUCCAUAUAGUACGAACUGACGGGACUGUUGAAGAUUUUUCAUACCGCAAAUGCAUUCUUGGUGCUCUUGAGAUUGUUGAUCCAGAAAAGUCAAAGAUCCAGAAGAAAAAAUGGUUGGGACAUGGUGACAUAUGAGCUAUGUCCAAGCAUAAUAAGUGACUGACUGACUGACUUUUGAUCUAGUGACAGUCGCAGACACUAUAAAAUAUGAGGUGAUUUUUUUUCCCUGAAGAAAUCAUGGUAAAAUACAGUUCGAAGGGUAAUAGUAGUGCCACAACUCUACAGUCACAAAAAGCAACGUUGUUUUUCUACCCUUGAUUUAAGAGAAUGUCCCAAAUCAAUGGUAGAGUGGCACAGUUCUCUUUUGUGAGUUUAGAGUUAUGUCAUUGGCAUUACUCCAGCUAAAAGGUGGAAAUGUUUUACAGCCUUAUUUUGUUGUAUUAUAUUAUCACAAAGCUAGACUGGGUAGUAGCUUACUCAAAUGUAGGUCGAUGAAUUUAGCUCGUCUGAUAGAAGCAGUGCAGCGAAUCAAGAUGAAAGUGAUAAUUUUUGUGCAGCAGCACAUUUUGAAACAAAAGACCAGGCAUAGAGGAGUAUAGAAGAUGAAAGCAGUUGUAGUGCAUUUUUUUUCUUCCAAAUGUUUAGUUCUCUUUUUUAUGAUAAAGAUGGAGCGGGUUCUUACCCUUAGCUUCUUUUUGCUUCUUCC